CCGCCGCCCCAGUGCCGGGCGGGCGGCUCGCCGGGGCCGCGGGCUGCGCGGGGCGGGCGCUCAGGGCCCAGCCCCGGCCCGGAGGAGCCGCCGGCCCCGCCCCUUCCUCCGCGCCGCGCCGAGAGCCGGGAGCCGCCGCGCCGCGCUCCGCCAUGCCGAAACACGAGUUCUUUGUCGACAUGACCUGUGAAGGCUGCUCCAAUGCGGUCACCCGUGUCUUGCACAGGCUGGGAGGUGUCCAGUUUGAUAUUGACCUGCCCAACAAGAAGGUGUGCAUCGACUCGGAGCACAACGUUGACACCCUAUUGGAAACCCUGAAGAAGACUGGAAAGAAUGCUUCCUAUCUGGGGGAGAAGUCCGCACAGUAGCCUUGCCUGGUGUGAGGAGGCUAGGUAUAUAUCAGGAACUCAAACAUGAUUUCAGCAGAAAGAUGGCUUAACUGUUUGCAUAUCUCCCAACUUCCUGUCAUAUGACUUUUACUACCCUGCCAGAUGUUGGAAAACAGAGGGCCGACAGGAGGGGGCAGCUGUGUCUUGGGCUUUAAAAGUGAAGAAAUCUAAAGGAGGAGGUUACACACUGUUUGUAGUCCCACAGUAAAUUGAGGUGCUGCUUCUAUCCUUCAGUGCA